CUGGACGGGGCGGAGCCCGGCCGGGAAGGGAAAAACGGAAGGCGAGGAAGUGAUGCCAAGUCGAAUUUGGGAGCCAGAAGCGGCGCGGCGCGAACGCUGCGCUGGGGCGGCUGGCGGGGCGUCAUGGAAGUGCCGGCGGUGAACCUGAAGGUAGGCGCAGGAGAGGAAAGCGAGCGGGGUAGGAGGAGGCGCGAGGCGCGAUGGCGCAAGGGGCUUUUCCUUGGGAGAGGGGCUCGUGCGCAAAGGAGGGCGCAAGGCCUGGUACCUGGGUGCAGUUGGCAACUGAGUAGGAGGCAGGUGUGUCUGGGGGUGCAAGAGAAAGGACUGGGGGGCUGGGUGGGAGGCAGUGGGUGUGUCAAAGAUGGGCUGGUGUCCAGGUACGAGGCUGGGGGAUGCACUGCUUGCUUGCAUUUCUAUCCCACCUUUUGAGCCAUAGAGUGCAAGGUGGUUGGCAUGUCUUCUCAGUUCAUCCCCACAACAAGCCUGCGAGGUAGGCCUAGAAUCAUAGAAUUAUAGAGUUGGAAGAGACCACAAGGGCCAUCGAGUCCAACCCCCUGCCAAGCAGGAAACACCAUCAGAGCACUCCUGACAUAUGGUUGUCAAGCCUCUGCUUAAAGACCUCCAAAGAAGGAGACUCCACCACACUCCUUGGCAGCAGAUUCCACUGUCAAACAGCUCUUACUGUCAGGAAGUUCUUCCUAAUGUUUAGGUGGAAUCUUCUUUCUUGUAGUUUGGAUCCAUUGCUCCGUGUCCGCUUCUCUGGAGCAGCAGAAAACAACCUUUCUCCCUCCUCUCUGUGACAUCCUUUUAUAUAUUUGAACAUGGCUAUCAUAUCACCCCUUAACCUCCUCUUCUCCAGGCUAAACAUGCCCAGCUCCCUUAGCCGUUCCUCAUAAGGCAUCGUUUCCAGGCCUUUGACCAUUUUGGUUGCCCUGCUCUGGACACGUUCCAGUUUGUCAGUGUCCUUCUUGAACUGUGGUGCCCAGAACUGGACACAGUACUCCAGGUGAGGUCUGACCAGAGCAGAAUACAGUGGCACUAUUAUUUCCCUAGGUUGAGAGUAAGUGACUGGCUCAACGUCACCCAGUGAGCUUCAUGGCCAAGUUGUCAUUCGAACCCUGGACUGAGACCGACAUUCUAACUCCUGCACCACGCUGCCCCGCGGACCGGGCGUGUGUGCCCGGGAACACGGUUGGCAACGCUAGUGAGGAGAAACACCCGGGGCAACUUGUAUAUUUGGCAGCCUGGGAAGUUUCCUAGAGGAGUUGAUGCUUAGGACGCAUAUUCUUUGUUACGGGCAAUGGUUUGUAAAACACGCAUUGAACCUCUUUCUUCUAUUCCUUGUGAAAGAUAAGUAAGCGAGGAAUGGAUGGUGAAUUUCUGAGAGGGGGAGGGUGUGCCUGGGAUUGAGAGCAGGGAUCGUUCCCUGCUUUUCCAUUGCAUCCGGGUUUUGGGUACUGAAUGUCCAUCCAUGUGCAACGUUUGUGCACUGGCUCUCUAAACAUGCACUCCAUAAUAAUAAUAAUAAUAAUAAUAAUAAUCUAUUUGUACCCUGCCCAUGGUGGUGCUGUGGGUUAAACGACAGAGCCUAGGACUUGCCGACCAGAAGGUCGGCGGUUCAAAUCCCCGCGACGGGGUGAGCUCCCGUUGCUCGGUCCCUGCUCCUGCCAACCUAGCAGUUCAAAAGCACGUCAAAGUGCAAGUAGAUAAAUAGGUACCACUCCGGUGGGAAGGUAAACGGUGUUUCUGUGCACUGCUCUGGUUCACCAGAAGCGGCUUAGUCAUGCUGGCCACAUGACCCGGAAGCUGUACGCCGGCUCCCUCGGCCAAUAAAGCGAGAUGAGCGCCGCAACCCCAGAGUUGGUCACGACUGGACCUAACGGUCAGGGGUCCCUUUACCUUUACCCUGCCCAUCUGACUGGGUUGCUUCAGCCGCUCUGGGCAGCUCCAUGACUCUUGUUCCCCUUUGAAUUUUUUUCUGCCCCUACACCCGGGUUCAUGUACUCAGACGGCUUUAUAGCAUCAAAGAAUGGUAGAGUGCGAAGGGAACCCCAAGGGCCAUCUAGUCCAACCCCCCUGCAAUGCAGGAAUCAUAGCUGAAGAAUCCCUGACAGAAGGCCAUCCAACCUCUGCUUAAAAACCUCCAAGGAAGGAGAGUCUACUACCACCUUCCGAGGGAGUCUCUUCCACUGUGAAACAGCUCUCACCACCAGAAAGUUCUUCCAAAUAUUUAGUUGGGAUCGACUUUCUUGCCAUGUGAAUCCAUCGGUUCAUGUCCUAGCCUCUGGAGCAGCAAAAACGAGCUUGCUCCAUCGUCCAUGUGACAACCGUACAGAUAUUUUAGCCUUCCCCAAAGAACUCGUCCCCACCCCGACACCCCAUGUGAUGCAAAACACUGUCUUCCAGUAUGUCGAAAUUCACACUCGGCCAUGACCCACAAAAUUCCUGUUAGUGGCAGUUUUUAUUGCUGUCUCUGGCCUAGAUUGUCAGCUCUAGCGGAAACCAAAACCUGCGGUGCUUGUGGUUAAGUUUGGAGGUCAUCACAUGACGAUCUGAUCACAUACAUACAUACAUCGUUUUAUUUGUAUGCCGCCUUUCCCUAGUUCAAACCAUGCUCAAGGCGGCUUACAGCAUGAAAAAAUACAUUAUUACAGACAUAACAAUAGUAGCCAUAAACAAUAAACGUAAAAAAUACACAACGAAAUCGAACGAUUUCCACAUAAAUCAUAACAAGAUCUAAAACAAAGAGACAAAAAAUAAUGUAAAUAACAGCAACAAACUGCCCCUAAACAAUACCCCAGCCCAAGAGUCUGUUCAGCAGCCUCAGUUUUUGUAGCUGGAGUCAGUCAAGGGCCUGGUCUCACAGGGCAGGUGGGAGAUUCUACUGCUGCCUUGUUUUUGUUUUAUGUCCCUGGGUUUUUUUAGAUACUGAGUACAUCCUCAAAAUAACGAGGUAAAAAUCUUUCUAGUGAAAGCAGCACAUCCUCCAAUUCCAUUCGCAUUCAUAUUUUCAUUCACAUUCAAUAUCAAAAAUCAUCCUGCUUCUGUCCUUUUGCCUGGUAUCUCAAAUGAUAUCUGGUAUCUAAAAUGGUAUCUAUCUAACGGUAGACUGGAACGAUAAACCCCACCCCAUCGUGCUUUGCACUUCCAGAGAUACAAACAAGAGUGUCUUGGUGCAUGCUCUGGUUAUCUCUCGCUUGGACUACUGCAGUGCGCUCUACGUGAGGCUACCUUUGAAGGGGACCUGGAAACUACAACUAAUCCAGAAUGCGGCAGCCAGGCUGGUGACUGGGAGUGGCUGCCGAGACCAUAUAACACCGGUCCUGAAAGACUCCCAAUACGUUUCCAAGUACAAUUCAAAGUGUUGGUGCUGACCUUGAAAGCCCUAAAUGGCCUUGGUCCUGUAUACCUGAAGGAGCGUCUCCACCCCCAUCGUUCAGCCUGGACACUGAGGUCCAGCGCCGAGGGCCUUUUGGCAGUUCCCUUCCUGCGAGAAGUGAGCUUACAGGGAACCAGGCAGAGGGCCUUCUUGGUGGUGGCGCCUGCCCUGUGGAAUGCCCUCCCAUCAGAUGUCAAGGAAAUAAACAACUACCUGACUUUUAGAAGACAUCUGAAGGCAGCCCUGUUUAAGGAAGUUUUUAAUGUCUGAUGUUUUAUUGUAUUUUUAAUAUUUUGUUGGAAGCUACCCAGAGUGGUUGGGGAAACCCAGCCAGAUGGGCAGGGUAUAAAUAAUAAAUAAUAAUAAUUAUUAUUAUUAUUAUUAUUAUUAUUAUUAUUAUUAUUAUUAUAUUAUAAACAAACCAUCGUUUACAGGCACUAGUUAGCUCUCGUCUUCUGUCUGCUAGGCUCUGCCAGUUCUAAGGUGCGGUAGCCUUACGAGGAAGAGCAGCGGCUGCAAAAAGUACCCCCCCUGCACACGAUUGGGUUGCAGCAAACCACAGUUAGCAUGAACUAUGGUUUGCAAAACCAACUUCAGACCACAGGUGGUUGUUCUGGUUUAACAGUUAAUUGUAGGCUUGGGUUGAGCAGUUGGUACAUUUUCCUAUAUUGGGGGCGGGCAACCUCCCUCGAGGGCCACUUGCAAUGAUGGAUGGGCAGUUGGGGGCCGCAUGCCAGGGGCAGUGUCUGGAGGCUGCGGCUGGUGAUUGCAAGAGGCACAUGGAAAGUACCACUUGGGCUGCUCUGAAACCCCCCCGAGGGCCACAUGCCAGGUCUGUGUUGCUGACAUGUGCGCUGUACCAUCAUUUAAAUUUCCAAACCGUAGUUUGGUGUGAUAUAAGAAGCUGAAGUUGUCAGGCAUGAGUUUGAAUGCCGUCUUAAUUUGCUGCAGACUUGAUAUUUGGUUUUGAGUAGCUUUUGAGCCUGGCUUUUCCUUUCUGCCAAAUGGAGGUGACGGUGGCCUACCUUGCAGGGUCAUGCUGAAGGUGAUCUUAUUACAUAGCACCAAUAUAAGAUGCGUCCCUAGGCCUCUCAGCGUGCCUGCCUGCUGAGCUGAUUUAUCUGGUUAGCAAAAUGCACAUAAUGGGAAUGUCCUUUAUUAAAUGUCCCCCACUUCCGUAGAGUACUCUAUAUGUAGAAACCUAGCUCAUCAGGAUGAUUUCUGAGCACGGGUCCUCUUCCUUGAUGUGUUAGCUUUCUAGCUGCAGGGAGAGUGGGCUUUGUUUCUCUGUGUCAACUCACAAACGUGCAGAUAAAGUUUCUAAGUGGAUAGGCCCGUUGAAAUUUAGAGAGCGAGAGCGUAGCUCUUAACUUUAUAUGGAAGUUUUGGGGAGGGCAUUGUGAGACGGAAUUUAAAACUGCUUUGUUUUUCGGCAGCCUUGCAAAUCAAAGGUUCUGUGCUGUGAUCAGUUUGGUUAAUUAUUAAAACGUAAGUGCUACUAAAAACAUGUUUUCUUUCCCUCUCUCCCAACCCCAACCCCUCUCUCACACACAUGUCUAAGCAGAGUUUGCUUAUAUAUCUCCCCCUUUUAUGGGGGGGGAUCCCCAAGAGAGUGGGGUUGGUGUGAUUUUCUUACAUGGUGAAUCCUAAAAUCCCUGCAGCAUUCUUUUUAGGAGAUUUUGAGAGAAGCAAGGAAAGCUGUGCCAGAAGCUUCCUGAGAUCUAAAGUCUGCUCCUGAAGAGGCAACCCUUUUUGCAUGAUUGAAACUAGGAUGUUGAGGUACGCCAGAGAUGGAGCUCGUGCACCCUUCGUAGUUUUUUUCUGCUGCCAUUAAAGGUGCAGUAGCCCUGUAAUAUGUACUCAGAAGUAAAUUCAGUGGGGCUUGCUCCCAGAUAAGUGAGUGCUGUGUACAACUGCAGCUUUAAACUGCAGAUUAAAGUAUUUUCCCCUGAUGAGUCGGUGGGACUGACAAUGAGCAAAGUGGACAAGUGUUUGCAGACGUUCUUGCUAGCGUUGUGCCCCUGUCUCCAGGAAACAAAGCUGAACUGAUGGAGUCUCCUUCUUCAGUUGCUACAGAAAAAAAAAGCAACACAGGAGCUUUUAUCUCUGUGCCCCGUUUAUGAUUUCUGGCUGACAACUGGAAGCUGGUCUAUAGGGCUUUUUGGCUCGGUCCAACAAGGGAAUUCUUAACUUAUCUUUUACGUAAAUUCAUGCCUGCCCCCUACAUUCUUCUAGGGCUGCCAGCAAACUCCCAAGCAGCUGAUUUUUUUCUGUCUCAAGGCUAGAUAAAAUGGGUUACCGUAUAUUUUCUUUGGGGAAGUCUCUCUCUCUCUCUCUCUCUCUCUCUCUCUCUCUCUCUGUGUGUGUGUGUGUGUGUCCAAUGUUAAAUAAGCAAGGACAGGGGUCAGCAACCUAAGGCCCAUGGACCGGAAGCAGCCCACAGAGGUCAUUUAACCGGCCCAGGAGCCACCCUCAAACCAAGUUGCCCAGUCUGGCGCUGCGCUAAACUGCCGCAGCGCGGCAUGGGGACUUGUUUUCGCGGUGCCGAAAAUCAUAUCUGUGCAGACGCUGAAAAUCGUGGGCGUGCUCUCUCUCUCUCGAUCUGGCCCACGGAGGGAUCUCCGUGAGACCGAUCCGACCCAGGCAAGAUAAACCUUGCUGACCCCUAAGCAAGGACUUACUGAUAACAAAAGACUGAGAGUCCUGCUGGAUCAGACCAGUGGCCCACCUAGUCCAGCAUCCUGUUCUCCAGCAAUUGGUAUUCAGAAAUUUCAGAAGAUUUACAGUACCAACGUUGGAGGCUAAGGUUGCCACCUGUCCCUAGAAAGACGGGGUCGCCCUGUUUUGGGACAAAAGUCUGCCACUGCUUGGCCGUCUCCACCCUCUGUGGUCGAGUCUCUUCCGAUGCCAGCAUGGGCAAGAGGCUGGAGCUGGAGCUCAAGUCGCCCGUGGGCACCAGCCGUCUACCUCUGCCCCUGCCCAUCCUCGUGAGUCAAGGGGAAAAGUGGGGCCAGGGUGGCGAGGGAGGCGGGAAGGUGGAGCAUUUGGUAUUAUGAGUGUGUGUGUGCCCCCCAAUCCCCACCCUCUGACCCAUGCUGUAUUUUGCCUGACCAAAGGUGGCAGCCCUAGGAGGCAGAGAGUAAACAUCAGGACCAGUAGCCAUCAAUAGCCGUCUCCUGGGCUUGCCGAAUGGAAGGUCGGUGGUUCGAAUCCCCGUGACAGGGUGCUCUGUCUCAGCUUCUGCCAACCUAGCAGUUCGAAAGCACACCGGUGCAAGUAGAUAAAUAGGUACCACUGUGGCAGGAAGGUAAGUGGCGUUCCCAUGCGCUCUGGCUUCUGUCACGGUUUCCCGUUGCGCCAGAAGUGGUUUAGUCCUCUGGCCACAUGACCUGGAAAGCUGUCUGUGGACAAACGCCGGCUCCCUCAGCCUGAAAGCGAGAUGGUUGCCUUUGACUGGAUGUAAUCAUCCAGGGGUCCUUUACCUUUUUUACCUUUACCAUGAAUUUGUCCAAUCCUCUUUUAAAACAGUCCUUUUAAAGCUGUCACUGCCUCCUGUGGGAGUGAGUUCCAUAAGGCCUUUCUGUUAUCUGCCCUGAGUCUUCCAACAUUCAGCUUUAGCAGAUGGUCCCAAGUUCUAGUAUUAUGAGAGGGAACCAAGUUUUCCUUUAACAUGUCAUUAUCCUCACAUUUGCUUAUUUACAGCAUUUCCAGUCAGAAAGGCUUCCAGCGUGACUUGCAUACAAUCAGUCAAGACAAGACAGGCUUUCAAUCUACAUAUAGAAAUAAAUAAACAAACAAACGGCAUAAGAGGAAACAGGGAUAGGGAGGGAAGAGGAGAAAAUCAAACUUGGGCACUUAAUAAAUAGUUGUUCUUAUUUUGUUCUUAUUUAUUACAUUUGUAUACUGCCCUUCAUCCAAAGAUCCCAGGACAGUUCCCAAUAUAAAAAUACAAAAUGAAAGCACAGAAUACAUAAUAAACAAAAUUAAAAUCAAUAACUCCCCUCCCAUAGACACAUAGAAAAGGCCAGAGAAACAUUUUCGCCUGGCACCUAAAGAGAUGUAAUGAAGGCACCAGGUGAGCCUCCCUGGGGAGAGCAUUCCACAAAUGGGGAGCCACUGCAGAAAAGGCCCCGUUCUCUUGUUGCCACCCUCUGGACCUCUCACAGAGGAAGAAGGGGCUCAGAUGAUGAUCACAGGGUCCAGGUCAGUUUAUAUGGAGAGAGGCGGCCCUUGAGGUAUUGUGGUCCUGAGCUGUUUAAGGCUUUAUAAGUCAAAACACUUUGAACUGGACCCAGAAACUUAUUGGCAGCCAGUGCAGUCAGGCCACGAUUGGCAUUAUGUGCUCAAACAGUCUUGCCCCGGUGAGCAACUUGGCUGCUGAAUUCUGCACCAGCUGAUACUUCCAAACCAUCUUCAGAGGCCGCCUCACAUAUAACAUGUUACAGUAAUCUAAUUUAGAGGUUACCAGAGCAUAGACAACAGAAGUUAGGCUAUCCUUGUCCUGACCACUUGGCACAUUUUUGAGAGUUAGUGGUGGUGUCCUUUCUUGAAUUUCACAACAAUCACCUAGGCAAAAGAGAACAAGGAAAUGGCAACAACUGAGCAAACAGAGAACCAAAAAGAGAACAGAUGUUUCAGGUUGGAUUCCUUUUACAUGAUGACCAGUGAUUACUUCACUAUUUCCUGAGCUGGGAAGAAAACAUCAUUCAUUCACUUCUCUCUGUGUGUCCUCUCUGAUGUCUUUGUGCUCCACAGAUUGUGCCCAAUCAUGACCAAUCACUGGUCUUGUCAUUCUGGGGUUUUCUUAAAAAUGAAACUAAAUCCAGAUUGCUUUGCAAACCUGCCUUUUUAAGAGCUCCCUUAAAGAAUGCAAAACAUAUCUCCUGAUGCAUAAUUCAUGGAAGUAGUAACUUUCCUCAAACGCUGGUUUUUGUUUUAUUUUAUUGUUCCUUGCGUGCAGUGUGAAAUACCUGUUCUUUUAGAUUCAUGGUGCUCUAUCAAGGUCCUGAAGUUCUACUGGUCAGCUUCGUUUGCUGGUCUCACUAGGGUGAGAAGUGGCAAGCAGGUGUUUAUUUAUUUACAAAAGUAUUUCUGUACCACCCUCUAACAAAAUAUUAGAACAGCUUGCAGCAAUAUCAGUGUGUGUUUUUAAAGCAUUACGAGCAGCACAAAACAACCAUUAAAAUGACUAGCUACUCACUGUUUUUAAAAAAUAAAAUUUCACAGGGCUGUUGUCAUUAAAAAAAAAUGUUUCAAGAGACACCUGAAAGUCAAAAGUGAGGAUGUGCCCUAGCUAGCUGCUAUUGGCUUAGCUGCUGUGAUGUCAGAGAGAGACAAGGCAGCUCCUGGGAGAUCAUAAGAGUCUUCGUUCUGAAGGUUUUUAUGGGUCUGUUUUCUUUGGUCUGCAUCCAAUAAUGAAUAAAACAGAGGCCUUUGUGGUGGUCUUGAAAGCUGAUCUCCAUUUUUCGGCAUCUCAUCUGUGGGUCCCCCCUCGCAGCCUUGAGGGAGAGGUUGUGUGGGGCACUGUGUGCUUAUGGAUCAAUUUGCAAAUAGGCUGUCAAAAUCCUACUCUGUGAGUUUCUUGGGAGGGGAAAAAAUCAAGAAGGCCUUGAGGAAUUCUAAAACUCCCAGCUAUUCCUGACUCCUUGCGAACCAGUCUUAAUACCUUGUAAUGAAUCGUUGGCUUUUGUGAGAGUUUCUUUCCCUCUCCUCGCACCAAAAAACACCCCCCAGACCCGCAAGCAAUUAUGCAUCAAAGGUUAUAAAAUGUUUACCAGGUUCCUGCGGGCAGAGACCACCACUCCCUUCCAGCUUUUCAUUCUGUAAGCCAUAAGGGGGCAAUUAAUUUUGUCAAAAGUCCAGCUGUGUUUGCAGAGGGUCUCGGUGUUAAUUCGUGUGGUGGUCUCGAGGGCAUUUCCAGAGCUUGGGGAGGAGCAAAUUUUUUUAAUUAGCUGAGGUUCUUUUUAAUGAAUGUUGCAUAUUGAGUGGAUGGCUGCGGGAGGGGGGGGCAGAUUUUUAAUUAGCCAAGUCUUUUUUAAUGAUUGUUGCAUAUUGGCUAAACACCCCCGUCCCCAGAAGCGUUGCUGCUUAAUAUAAUUGGACAUUUUUUAAAAAGCUGUCAGCUUAGAUAUUGAAUAUAUUAAACGCUGUCGGCUUCAAUGAUUAAUAUACAAAAUUAUAUUUUCCCUAUUUGCUUAGGGCUUCUUAAAGAGAAUUACCGUAGUGAUAAUGGCAUUGCGACAUGUUACUGGUUCAGGAAAUUGACAAAUCUCCAGUGGCAUUUCACUGGCCUUUGUAUAUAUCUUAUAUAUGUGGUCUGUUGUUGUUUUUCCAUUACUUUGACAGAUGAUGUUUUACUCCACUUUUCAAUCAAGAUUGGCUCUCGCCGAAUCUUACACUGGACCAGAAACUUUCAAGGAUUUUAUUAUUUGCAUGUACAUUAUUUUAAUAUGCCAAGACAUUGGGCUGUAUCCAAUUUAGGUGGAUAUAACUAAGCUCUACUCAAAAGUAGACCCAUUGAAGUUAAUCAACCUAAGUAAGACUAACGUGGGAGACAGCUGAAUAUCUUAAGCAUGUUGUGGUAGAGGCUUGGUAGGGAGGGACGGGUCCUUCUCACAUGCUCAGAGGCACUUCUAAGAAUAUUAAGGAUUAUUUUGCUGGACCGCACCAAAAAUCCAGCAUCCUGUUUUGUGACUGCAGCUAACCAAAUGCCUCUGAAGAGCUCACAAAUGGGGGGGGGAAGGGCCUAUGCCCAUAACAUCUGGCAUUCAGAGGUAUACUGCACCUGUCAAUGGAGGUUUUGUUGGGCUCAUAGCUGGUGAAAGAUUUGUUUAUCUAUUAUUACAUUUUAUUUAUGUGUCCGUUAAAACAUGUUAAAUGUUAUUGCAUCCAGACACAUAGAUGCUGACAUGUUUCAAUCCUUUUCAAUUAUUUGUAGCUGCUUUUCAUUGUCUUUACCUGUUUCUUUAUUGAUGGUUUUAAUAUGUCUUUGUAACCUGCUUAGAGGUUUUGCUGCGCCAUCAAGUGCCGUAUAUAAAUUUUGUUCAAUGAAAGAAACAAAUUGAAUGAAUUUCUAUCCCACUGUUCCUGCAAGGAGCUCAGGAAAGGCAUGUGUGGUUUUCUCCACCUGCUCCCCUCCUUAUUUUAUAAAGCUCACAACAACCAUGUGAGGUUGGUUAUGCUAUGACAGGCAGCAAGCUGCCCAGGAUCACUCAGUGAACGUCCUAUGGCCAAGUGGGGGAUUUGAACCCCAGUCUCCCAGGUCCUAGUCCAGAACUCUUAACCACUACACCAACCCUGGGUCUCUCCAUCUGUCCCCCAUAAAACAAAUUUUAGAAAGCCAUUCAAGCUGGUUUAAUCAGCUUGGGGGUACUUUUGUGUUGCUUUUGCACCACAGGGGCUUUCCCCCAGGAUUGUCUUAAACCCUAGGCUGAAUCCUAUAGGAAGGAAGCUGUGGAAAACGGAUACUUGGCGCAAAUUUCUGGACUGGGAUGUUUGCCCAAUUGUGUCAGUAACAACAAAUCUACAUUCUCUUGUCAUCGCAGGUCAGAAAGGACACAUUGCUCCUAAAACACAAACACCCUUGUACGUUUUCUGCUUCCGGUUUCUCAAUUAUUUCUUAGCAAUUUUAUUUAAUGCUGCUUCAUACCAGGAAGAAGGAAAUGGGUUAUGAGUGCAUUCGGCGCUGCUUUCAAACAUUGCAAAAUCACUGAGAAAACAGGUCUUGUUUAGAACUUGCAUAGAGCCCCAAAUGAAAUACAAUUAGUUUAUUAAAGUGUAUGGUAGCUGCUCUUCAGCUGUGGCUCUCAGAGCGGCUGGUUUUCAAACAGCUUAUUUCUCAAAUGUUUUGGCUCCUGAACACCGCAAACCUGGAAGUGACUGUUCCGGUUUGCGAACUCUUUUUGGAAGCUGAACGUCCGACUGGGCUCCUCGGCUUCCGAUUGGCUGCAGGACCUCCCUGCAGCCAAUCAGAAGCCGCGCUUUGGUUUCCGAAUGUUUUGGAAGUCGGACUUUGGAACGGAUUCCGUUCGACUUCCAAGGUAUGACUGUAGUUCCUUAAAGCUGUGGUGGGGCAUCUGUGGCUCUGCAGGUGUUGCCUCAGAUGAAACCCAACCAGAGGAGGUCACCUACCUGCAUUUCCUCAAAUCCUUCCCUUUAUUACCUUCCGGUAGCUCUUUUUUCUCUCUUCACCCCCACUUCCCAGCCACUGCUGAAAUUCCCAUUGUGAUCCCUUAUCUGCCUUUGAACCCUGGGAAGGCGGAGGCGCCUUUUGGGGUGUAGCUUCCCAUGUUUAGGAAAUUGGCAAGUUACCUGUUCUGGAUGGGGUUGUAUUCCCUCUGAAGGAGCAGGUGCAUAGCCUGAGGGUACUCCUGAAUACAUCACUGCCACUAAAGGCCCAAGUGUGUGGCUAAGUUGCCUUUUACCAGCUUCAUCUGGUUCACCAACUACAGCUGUUCCUAGAUGGGACAGCCUGUUGGGUUUUCUUAAUACUGAGGUGGUCAAUGGUGCUACUCAGAGGUGUGUGUUUGUAAUUAUACCCAGAAACACCUACUGUGAUAGUGCCAAUACCUGAGAUGAUGGAGCAUCCUGGAUUUCCUGGUUUGUGUAUUUUGGAUAGAAGAUAGAAGGCCCCUGGUCGAGGGUCUGUCGGUGUGUUUGAGAGGAUGUGUUCUUGGAUGUGGGGGGUAGGGUAGCUCUUUAACAAUCUUAUUCAGUUCUUUUUUGUAUUCCUGUGUGAGGUCUGAGUCCAGUGUUUUUGUAAAAGGUGGUACUGGAGAGUUGCCUGUGAGCCUCCUGGAUGUAAUCAGUUUUGUUCAUGAUGACAACAGCUCCACCCUUGUCUGCCUCUUAAAUUAUAAUGUCUGGGUUGUUCCUGAGAUUGUCUAAGGCCCUCCUUUCAGCAUGGCUUAGAUUUUGUUGUAAGCGAUGGUGUUUUAUAACCUGCAUGGCAAGAAUCCGUGAUCAGGGAGAAGAGUCGGUGGAGGAAGAUUGGAAGAAAUUCAAAGACUAUCUGCAGAAACAUUGCAAAAUUAAAGAAUGUUAGAGUGAUGUUGGAUUGAAAAUAAGUGGCUUCCAGCUGUACAGGAUUUAAAGUUAUAUAUAGAUCAAGAUUAAGGAUUAGGAUUAAAAAGUUAAAGGAAAUGGAAAUUUGGUUUUUAAAAGGUAAAAUUUAAUGUUAUAUUAUAUUAAGAUUAAAGAUUGGGAUUAAAAAGAGGGAAAGAAAUUGCUGGACAAACAAUUUGAACUGGAAUACAAAAGAGGGAGGUAUGAGGAGGUCCAGAAAAUAAGUAAAUUUAAAAAUGGAGAUGAAAAGGUGGUAUUGUUUUUAAUUGUUUUCUUUUUUGUCUUAUGUUGUUGUUGUUGUUUUUUGGAUUAUGUAUUGUGUAUUUUUGAAUUGUGUAUUUCUUUUUUAUUUUUAAUUUUUUAUUGAUGUGUUCUUUUUAUUGGAAACCUUAAUAAAUAUCAUUAAUAUAUACAUAUAUAUAUAUAACCUGCAUGGCAGCACACCUGUGAGCUCUUGACAAUACAGCACACCUGAGGUAUCUUAACAAUUUAACUAAUUAGCAGAGGGAGUUUACCUGCUGCACCGAAUGCAGCGAUGUGAUAGGGUAAUUGAUUAUUUUGAAAACUGUAUUUAAGCUGACCAAAUGCUUCGUAUGGUGCUGGCUGGUGUAGAGUGGUGAGUUGCAGCUGUUUGAUUAUUGUUUAAAAAUAAAAGAUAAGCAAAGAUAUUUCAGGCAAGUUUUUAUUCCAUCGCCCCAGUCGCUGCGCAAACUCGGUUGGCAAACAUAGCCUGACCACUGUCGUCUGUGCACUGGUGACUUUGGGGCUAGAUUACUACAAUGCGCUCUGUGUGGGGCUGCCCUUGGGUCUGGUUCACAACACUGCUUCGAGAUUGCUGACAGGAGCUUUUCGUUGAGAGUUUGGGAUGCCUUUGUUAAAGCACUGGCUGCCCAUCUACUACCAAGCCAGGUUCAAGAUUCUUCCAGUAAUUUGCAAAGCUCUGAACAACUUAGGUCCACAAUAACUCAAAGAUUGCCUGAACCCUCAUAUGCUGGCUUGGUCACUAAGAUCGUCUGCGGGAGCGUCGCUGUCAUUCCGCAAGUUGGUGAGGCUCAUUUCUCAACAAUGAGUAACCGAGCCUUUAGUACCAUUGGCCCAGCCCUGUGGAACUCUCUGCCACUGGAGAUUCAGCCAGGUGCGCUUUCUGUGCCAGCUUUCCAUCGCCUGCUGAAAACCUUUCUGUUCUGCCAAGCUGAUGUAGGCAAUUGAGUGCUUCCCCCACAAUGUUCUACUGAUUUCAGCUUUUAACUCUUUUGCUCUUAACUUGUUUUUAACUUUUUAUGGUUUUAUUUUAUACUGCUGUAAACUGUUGGGAUAAAUUCCUAUGGCACAGCGCUAUCUACAUAUUUUGGGAGAUUAAUAAUCAGGCUACAUUAUUUUCUCCUUUCCACUUGCAGGCUAUCAUCCUGGUACACUGGCUGCUGACGACAUGGUAAGUUAGUAAUACUGCGUUUAAUUACGAUAAUCUGUUGAUUAAUUCAUUUGUGGCACACCCUCGCUAGUGAGGGGUGCCUGUCUCCGUCCCUAUUAAUUUUCAGGAAGAAUUUGAAAAUGCUCCUUUGCUGGCUGGAGAAUACUGUUGUUUUUACGUGCUUUUGGAAUGAUUCAAUCAUGCUGUCAAUGGCUCCUAGCCAGGGUGGCUUUGCUCUGCCUCCACAGUUGGAGGGUAGCAAUGCUUCUGAAUACCAGUUGCUGGAAAGGGCAGGAGGCAGGAGCCGCUCUUGUGUUCGAAUCCUGAUUCUGGGUUUCCCGUUGAGGCAUCCGGUUGGCCAUUGUGUAAACAGGAUGCUGGAUUAGAUGGGCCAUUGGCCGGAUCCAGCAGGCUCUUCUUACAUUCUUUUAUUUUCUUUCUUUUGCUCUUCAUCUUUUUCUGCCCUGGACAGGGGCUGCAUGGCAAAUUGGUUGCCAAUUUCCUACCCGUGGGGUAACUUCACCAUUCUUGCCCUGGGCGUCUGGGCAGUGGCCCAAAGGGAUUCUAUUGAUGCAAUCCUCAUGGUAAGUUGUUGUUGUUGUUUAAAAAACCACACCCGAAUCACCGUGUUACGAAUACAUUUGCCUGAUGAAAAAGGAUUUUGGUGGAUUUGUUGAUUACAAGGUGGUUGUCCCUAGUUUUAACAUGCCUAUGAGAGAUGGGCUGGUCACCAUGGUACAAUUAGGACCUGUAAAAAAGCCUUGCUGCCUGUAAUCUUUUUAUUCAGGCUGCCUGCCAGUCCGCUGUACCCUCGUUUCAGGAGACUCCAUUCCGCUCCUUCCAGUUUCACAUCUCCCAUCAGAAGGGGUGAAUCAGGAAUAAUACCCCCCCCCCUUUACAGCAAAAGGGCUCUGGAGGUGCGGCCUGUUCCCAAGUGCCCUGGCUUUGCAGUGCUUGGAAAUGUUGCACAAGGGGAUUUUGAUACACGGAUUGUGCUUCUGCAAAUCGUUGAACAUCUCCAUGCCUGCUGAUGGCCUUCUUGUGCAUGCACGAUUGUUUUUUGGCACUCAAGAGAAUGAGCCCGCUAUCAGUAUACAGUCAUACCUUGGGUUACAGCCGCUUCAGGUCGCCUUUUUUUGUGUUACGCACCCUCCAAAACCUGGAAGUACCGGAACGGGUUACUUCCGGGUUUUGGCAGUUGCAGAAGCGCCAAAUCGCAACCUGCACGUGCGCAGACGUGCCACUGCGGGUUGCGAACAUGCAUCCCACACGGAUCACGUUCACAACCCGAGCGUCCACUGUAUACCGGAGAUGGGAAGCCGGUUGUCCUCUAGUUGUUGUUGAACCACAAACCGCCACUAUCCCUGGCUGUUGAACCAUGUCAGCUGGGGCUGAUGAGAGUCAAAGGACAUCUGGAGAACUGCAGGUUCCCUGGCUUAUAGGCUAUAUCAGUUGGUCCCCCGUCCCUGAAAUAGACCCUUACUUGCCUUUACUACCCCCGGCGACCUCCAUCACAAGAAUGCCUUUUGUUCAUGGAGAGCUGGGCAACCUGUGGCCCCCUCUCUGUGGCUGAACUCUGCUUCCCAUCAUCCCGGACAGUUGGCCGUGCUGGCUGGGACUGGUAGUACAGAAAGGCAACCCUUGUUUGCCUUCACUGCCCCCUGUGACCUCCAUCUUUGUUCAUGGAGAGUUGGGCAACCUGUGGUCUCUGUCCAUGGUUGAACUCAUGCUUCCCAUCAUCCCUGACGGUCGGCCAUGCUGGCUGGGAUUGAUGGGAGUUGCUUGCCUUCACUGCCCCCAUCUGCCUCCAUCGCAACCGGAGAGGCCACAGACGAUCCCCGUCCUUGGCUUUAUAGGCUAUAGUUGAAUGCAGAGAAGGAUGAGCGGUGUCUUGUACCCCUUUCUCUCCUUCCAGUUCCUCACUGGACUUCUGCUGACGAUCCUGACGGACAUAAUCCACUUCAGCCUGUAUUACCCUCAGUCGUCUUCGCUGCCUGACACCACCCGCUUCAGCGCCGGCAUGGCCAUCUUCAGCCUCCUCCUCAAGCCCUUGUCUUGCUUCUUUGCCUACCAGAUGUACCGGGAACGUGGAGGAGAGUAUGCCUUCAACCUAGGUAGGCGGCCAUCGCUCAGUUGGCGGCCUGGUUUUGGUCCUCUGUGGACGGUCCCGGCCGUCAUGUUCUCUCCCAUGUGGCCCACCAUGUUCUUUGGCCCUGCCGAUCUUAGCCAAACUUCCGCCCCUUCUUUUUUCUCUCUUGUCAGCUUCCCGUUCAUCUUCCUUCUUAAGUCGUGCAUCCUUUUCUCCCUCUGUUUGAUUUCUUUUCCCUUGCAGACUGGGAGGCUUCAUCGGAGCGAUAUUCUGCCCAGGAUGGUAUUGACUCCACUGCUUUAUCCCUCAUUUGCCAUUACUGAAAUGUCUUUCUCUUUUGUUUAUCAAGUUUUUCAUGCCUUUGUAUGCAUCUCUGCUCAUUUGGAGAUAAGCAUUAGCCUCCAUUUUCCUCUCGGAAGCUUUUAAAAACACUUUUUAAUGAAGGUCAACAAAUGUGAGGAGAGAAGGUCUCUGAGAGCAAGAUGGCCGCCCUUGAGGCAAUAGAGGCCUUUUGACAUGAGGAAUUUGUCUGAGAGCAAGAUGGCCGCCGUUAAGGCAAUAGAGGCCUUUUGACAUGAAGAAUAUCUUGGAGAGCAAAAUUGCCGCCCAUAAGGCAGUAGAGGCCUUUUGAUAAGAAGAGUAGCUUUGAGAGCAAGAUGGCUGCCCUUAAGGCAGUAGAGGCCUUUUGACAUGAAUGUCUUGGAGAGCAAGAUGGCCGCCCAUAAGACAGUAGAGGCCUUUUGACAUGAAGAAUUUGUCUGAGAGCAAGAUGGCUGCCCUUAAGGCAGUAGAGGCCUUUUGAUAGGAAGAAUAGCUCUGAGAGCAAGAUGGCCGCCCUUAAGGCACUAGAGGUCUGUUGGUAGGAAGAAUUGCUCUGUAAAAUAGGCCCUUUGAUAUGAGGGUGUGUAGCCUUGGCAACAGAAGUGUAAGCCCAUGUGGUGUUUUCUAGAUGUUGGACUACAACUCCCAUCAUCCCUUGACCUCUGGCCAUGCUGGCUGGGGCUGAUGGGAUUUGGGAGUCCCGACAUCACCUGUCAGCUACUCCUAGUGUAGAAACUGUCAUGGCUUUUGAGGUUCUUAAUUUUUUUUUAGACUUCUUUGAUUCCCUUUAGCAAGCUACGAUUCCAAGAGGGAAGCCAUAUAUCUCUCCAGAAUCAGCUUAGGGCCGAGGUUCUUGCAACAAUGGCUGUUUUUACUUGCACUGGUUGGAUUCAGGUAUCCACCAGCUGCGAUGAGAGAAUUAAGCUUCAAUGAUCACAGUAUUCAGCGGAGAAGGGAAUAAAAUCCUGUCAACUUGCUCUGUGCAGCCUUUUUAUUUAUGUCCUUGUCCCCUGGUGCAAAUCCGUGACACCCUCCUUUUCAGAAAGGUGCCCUCCAUAUCUGUAUUCUGCAAAAAAGAGGAAUUUAUUUAAAACAGAUGUGGGGUACCUUUAGCUCUUUGGUUUCCUGCUCCUGAUUUGUAAGAACAUUUUGGGGAUCUGUAAGGACUGGUUCACCUUUUAUGGUGGAAUUUCUCUGUUGUGUUUUUUGGGGUUUUGGUUUUUUUUUAAUGGGGGGGCCUUUUGGGACUCAAAUAAAGGUGUUGGUCCUAUAGACCAGAGCACAUUGUCUCUUCAAAGAAGCAAGGAGUGUUGAUGGCAGCUUAUUAGUGCCAAUUCAUCCUUUUCAACCAUCAUUUUGGUGAUAUCCGUGUCCUUUCUGAGACAUAUUUGAACCCUUCUGCUUCUGGGCCUGUUUUGCAAACUGCAGGGAAUGAGGUCAGUGGGUGUAUUAGGAGGAAACACAAGUCUUAACCACAAAGACCGCCUGAAAUAAUCAUACACACAUAUAUAAUAUCAAACUAAAGUCAGAGGUACACCACAAAUUCUAAACACAUCCAUCGCACACUGGUGAGAGCCAGUGUAGUGCAGUGGUUAUUGUAUUAUGAAAAUCUUUAAUAAAAACUACUGUUUUUUAAGAAAAUAAUGAGUUUAACGAUUAAAUGAGGGUGGGGAGGUGAACCAUGUGUGGCACCUUGACUUCCUCUUAGGUAAAUGUGGCAUAUAAAUGCAAUGAAAUAAGCACACAAAUCUCCCCAGAGAAUCCUGGGAACUGUAGUUUUCCCCCUCACAGAACUAUAGUUUCCAGCACCCUUAAACUACAGUUCCCAGGAUUCUUUGGGUGGAAGUCAUGUGCUUUGAAUAUCUGGUGCGGAUCUCUACUUAGUUCUACUAAGACGACACAAAUUCAUAUUAAUGGGCCUAAGUUGAAUUCUUGGCCGCAACCCAUCUCAUGUAAAAAUGAGUUCUUGUAUUUGGACAGCAUGCUUUCUCUAUAUAUCUCCUGAGGAAGGCUCGGUGAUCCUAUGUACAUUUACCUGAAUGUAAGCUGAACUCAGUGGUGCUUACUUCUGAGCAAAAUGCAUGGGCUGGCAAUUUGUCUACUCACAAACCAGUUCCUUUGUGUUCAGUGGACCCUACUCCCACUGAAUUGCUGAGUUCAGACUCCUCCAUCUCUUGCCAUGCAACUCUUUAGUAAUAAUAAUAAUAAUAAUAAUGAUAAUAAUAAUAAUAAUAAUAGUGAAUCUCCAAAGUGUGCUUCUGAGAGAUUUUAAUUUAAUGUGAAGUGAGUUCUGACGGGUUUGGACCAAGUCACUAUCGUGGGAUGAAUCCUUUCCCCAACACUAAACCAGAUGGGGGUUUGGGGGGGGGGCUGCAUUCAAUGCCAUUUUGUUUGUCAACAGCACCUGAUAUCCAGGGAUAGAUUGCCUCUGAACAUGGAGGCCCAACUUUCAUUGACCAGAAUAACUUAAUUUUCUUUGGAAUGAUUUAAGUCCUAAGAAACACUGAUAUUUGACACAUUUAAACAAAGCAACACUUGAAUUGAAACCUAACAAAAACAGAAAUCUUAUUAAAGGCCUACCUAAUCCAGUGUCCUGUUGCUAUCAACGACUAGAAAUCACACAAGUGGGGCAUAUGUCUGUAAUGGCGUCUCUCCCCCCCCCCCCCAUUUGAGGGGUGGUGAACACCUGCCCCUCAUGGUUGCUGGACUACACAUGAACUACAACUCCCAUCAUCCCUGCCUGGGGGUUAAUGGAGGCUGGAGGGCUACAGAUUCUUCCUCAGGCCCAAAGACCAUCACUUGCCUUUACUUCCCCCUAGCUGCCUCUGUUGUAACUCUAUUACUGCCAUGUGCCUUUAUUGGCCCAGGCUGCCUCCAUCACAACUCUGCUCUCUUUUAAUGGAUGAGAAACCUGCAUCCCUCUAGAUUUUGCUGGAUUCCAGCAUCAUUCUUGCUGAUGGGAGUUGGAAGUUCAGCAACAUUCAGAAGGUCACAGGUGCCUGCCCCUGUUCUAAAAGAUGACCUUUAGAGGUAGACUGUCUCUGGUUUGGGAGGCUCAGUUUAGCUUUGGUGGUCAACAGCUCCAUCAUAUAUAGACCCUAGGGACGAGGGUGGUGCUGUGGUCUCAGCCAUUGAGCCUUUAGGGCUUGCCAGUCAGAAGGUCAGUGGUUUGAAUCCCCAUGGUGGGGUGAGCUCCCGUUGCUCUGUCCCAGCUCCUGCCAACCUAGCAGUUCGAAAGCAUGCCAGUGCAAGUAGAGAAAUACCAUAUGUUUUGCUCUAUAAGACACACUUUUCCCCUCCUAAAAAGUAUGGGGAAAUGUGUCUUCAUCUUAUGGAGCGAAUGCUAUCGCUGAAGCCAGAAGAGCAAGAGGGAUCGGUGUGCAGCGAUCCCUCUUGCUCUUCUGGCUUCAGGGAUAGCCACGCAAAGCCUCUUGAGCGCAGUGGGAGCGUUCUUCGCUCAAGAGGCUUUGCAUUGCUUUCUUGUUUCUUGUUUUCCUCCUCUGAAAACUGGGUGCGUCUUAUGGUUGGGUGCGUCUUAUAGAGCGAAAAAUACGGUAGGUGCUGCUGUGGCAGGAAGGUAAACGGCAUUUCCGUGCACUCUGGUUUCCGUCACGGUGUCCUGUCCGGUUUAGUCAUGCUGGCCACAUGACCCGAAAAGCUGUCUGUGGACAAAUGCCGGCUCCCUCGGCCUGAAAGCAAGAUGAGCACCUCACCCCAUAGUCGCCUUUGACUGGACUUAACCAUCAUGGGGGCCUUGAUCUUUUACCUUUCCAUAGAUAGACCCAAGCUCCCGCAGUUUACCAAACUAUUUUUAAAGUCAGCAAAGACUGGGCCAAUGGAAUCUAGGGUGUUUGCAUAAAGAAGGUACCGUAGAGUAUGUGCAGAGUGCUUCCCCACCUAGUCGCUCACAGCAACCAAUAGUGCCACCUGAGAGGCAAGGUUUCCUGGACACAAAGCACCUAUCCCUCAUUUUGGAAAUUGAUCACUAGCAAUGGACAACGGAGUGCAAUGGCUAAGGGAACUUGUGACUCUGCAAACAUGGUUGGACUGCCAACUCCCAUCAGCCAGCAUGGCCAAUAGGGACAAGGAUGGGAUUUGUUGUCCAUCAACCAGGCUGCCUGGCCAUGCAUUUAAAAAAAAAAAAAAAGGCGGAACUGAGAAGGAAGCAGGGGCAGUAAAGGCAAGUGAUGGUCUGGUUCAUUGAUGGGGAACCUGCAGCAUUUGAGAUGAGGUUCCACUUCCCAUCAGCUGCAGCUGCCAUGGUCAGUGGUCCCUAGGGGCAGUGAAGACAAGAGAUAGUCUAGGUUCAGAGAUGGAGGAACAGUAGCCCUCCAGCCAACAUGGUCAACGGCCAGAGCUGUGAUGCAAGGUAUAAAAGGUAAAGGGACCCCUGACCAUUAGGUCCAGUCGUGACCGACUCUGGGGUUGCGGCGCUCAUCUCGCUUUAUUGGGCGUACAGCUUCCAGGUCAUGUGGCCAGCAUGACUAAGCCGCUUCUGGCGAACCAGAGCAGCACACGGAAACGCCGUUUACCUAUUUAUCUACUUGCACUUUGAGGUGCUUUUGAACUGCUAGGUUGGCAGGAGCAGGGACUGACCAAUGGGAGCUCGCCCCGUCACGGGGAUUCAAACCACCAACCUUCUGAGGCUCUGUGGUUUAACCCGCAGCGCCACCCGCGUCCCAUUGAUGCAAGGUAUAGGGGGCUGUAAAGGCAAGUGAUAGUCUAAUUCAUGGCUCGGAAACUUACAGCUAGCUCUCCAGUUGCAGCUCAUCCCAGCACUUAGAUUCUUGCUGGGAACACCUUGAACCCUGGGUGCUGCAUCCGAAGGCUAAAAGCUGUUGCUUUCCCCUUUCCUUCUGUGCAGGUGUCCUCAACGUUGGGCAGGACCGCAGCUCGUACCAGCCCAUCGACCACCCGGAGCCGCCGCGCCCCUACCCAGACGUGGCUACCAAGGCCUCCCCACCUCCCCCUUAUUGAGGCGUCCCCUGAACCGUCCGAAGAACACUGGGCCCUUUCUUUGCUGCGCUGGGGAACAAAACUGUCUUUGCCACUUACCCCCAACCCCACUUCUUCCUCCCCACCAGAGGAAGCGUGGUUUCUAAACACCAGUCAAGGAGGGGAGGGAAAAAACUUUGGCGACAAAGCAACCUGUGGCUGCUCGUUCCUCCCGAACGACUUGAGGGUUUUCUCAUCGUUUCUGCCGCAAAUCCAGAGCACACCUUGGACAACGAUGUUUUAAAGUCUUUCCCCCGAUCCCAGAAAUGUCAUAUGUACAACCCUUUGCAAUUUUCUUCUGCGAUAGCAAAGUUCUCUGUAUUUUUUUCCAGCCACAUUGAUGCUGAUCGAUUGAGCCUCUCAGGGUACCCUGGGAAGAGUAGCCCCCCCCCAUAAAAUAGUCCCCCCCUCACUAAGAGACUCAGCAAGAGAGUUCUUACCUGGAGGAUUUGUCUGCUUACAGGAGCCAGCUGACUGAUUAUUUCCAAAGAGCAAUCCAUGCCCUCGCCCAUUGUUGCAACUGUGCCAUUUUUCUGCCAAUGAUUUGCUGCAGGAACGCACCUUCUGAUGACUGCUGUAGGUGUGCUGAUCGUUUUUCUCUCUCAAAAACACUUUUGUGCCUUAGAGAAAACACACAACCAUCCUUUCUUCCCGUGAUCUUUGUUUGUAUGAUUGUUUUCCUGAAGAAAAUUAAAGAACCUUUUUAAUAAAACAUUCCAGUCUUGAGUUUGAUAA